AUGGCAGAGAACACUGUUCAUUUAUUAACACAGGGAGCUGGCUAUGGAGUAUUAGUCGGUGUUGGUGCAGUAUUUGCUGGUGGAAUGAUUUUAACUACAUUCCUAUUACAAAAAUACCUUCAUGAAAAUGCCUAUAGCACGGAAACAUUUUCUGUUGCUAAUCGUUCAGUAGGUACUUUUCUUUCAGCAUCAGCAGUAUACUCAAGCUGGUCGUGGGCUACUGAGUUUUUAUUGGUGACUCUGAUGACUUAUAACUAUGGCAUUCAAGCAGGAUUUUAUUUUGGUGCUGGAUUAGCAGUGCAAAUUGCUGUUAUGAGUGUUCUUGGAAUCCAUGCCAAAAAGAAAAUUCCUACAGCUCAUACUUCAUUAGAAGCAGUGCAGUUAAGAUAUGGUAAGGCAGCACAUCUACUUUAUUUGCUUUUGUCUUUGAUUUGUAAUAUUUGUUCUUGUCUGUCAAUGAUAUUGGCAUGUGCUGCAAACAUUUCCAUAAUUGCUGGAAAUCUCCAUAUUGUUGCAUCUACGAUGUUGAUUCCAUUUGGUGUCUUGUUGUAUACUGUGGUUGGUGGGUUGAAAGCAACUUUCCUUACAGAUUUUAUUCACACUACAAUAUUGCUCAUUGUUUUGUGUUAUAUAAAUACUGCUGUUUUAACAUCAGAACAAGUUGGUGGACUUAACGGAUUGUAUGAUAAGAUCGUCGAAGUGAGCACUACCAAAUACAUCGAAGGAAAUUAUGAUGGAGCAAUUCUCACAGGAAAGUCACAAGGGUCAGUGAUGUUUGGUUUAAUUUUAACUAUUUGCAAUUUUGGAUUGACAGUUAUGGAUUCUUCAUUUUGGCAAAAAACAUUUUCAGCUAGUCCAAGAGCUACUGUUCCUGCUUAUCUUUUAACGGCGUUUCUUAUUUUCUCGAAUGUGUGGCCUAUUGGUGCUAUUAUUGGUGGAGCUCUGCAUUUCCUAGAGAAUGACCCUUCAUUUCCAACGUACCCUCGAAAGAUGACCCAGGAGGAAAUUGACUCGGGGUUUGUUUUGCCUUAUGCAUUAAAAGCAAUUUUGGGUAACGGUGGUCUUGGUGCUUUGCUUUUAAUUUUUUAUUUGGCGGUAACGUCGACUGUCUCUGCUCAGAUGGUCUCGGUAUCUUCCAUUGUUUCAUUCGAUAUCUACAAGAGGUACAUCAAUCCUAGAGCACAAAACAAGUCCAUGAUCAAUGUUUCACACAUAACAUGUGUGGUGUUUGGGUUGGGUAUUGCUGGUUUUAGUGUUAUGUUGCAUUAUGUGGGUGUACACAUGACUUGGUUUGGAUAUUUCACGCCAAUGAUGAUAUGUCCUGGUAUUCUUCCCUUGAUAUUUACAGUUACUUGGAAUAGACAGACAUAUUGGGCAGCAUUUAUUUCUCCUCUUGUUGGGUUCGUAGUAGGUUUGGCUGUAUGGGUUUCUACAGCCUAUCACUUUUACGGUGAGGUCACGAUUAAAUCAACCGGUGGCCAAUUGCCAGCAUUGUAUGGCUCCUUGACUAGUAUGAUGUUACCAGGAGUAUUGAGUAUUAUCAUAUCGCUAGUUAAGCCUGAAAAGUUUGAUUGGGAUAAGUUGAAAACAGCUGAUUUGCUAAUUGGAGAAGAAGAAGAAGAAGGUAGUAGUCCAAAUAUUCAACCUAAGAAUGAAGAAGGUGAUUUGAACAAGGAGAAACAGGCUGGUGUUGAGGUUAAUUUUGAAUCCGUUGAAACAUCAAGUUUGGAACAACAACAACAAAAGCUGUCUUCCCAAUUGACAAAUAAAGAGUUGGAUUUUUGGAUAAAAAUUGCAACUGGUGCAGCAAUAUUUGUAUUACUCAUUACUUGGGUUAUUUGGCCAAUGUCUGUAUAUCGAGAUUGGAUAUUUACUGGGACAUACUUUAAAGGUUAUGUGACUGUUGGAUUGAUUUGGUUGUAUAGCACAUUGAUUGUGAUUGGAUUGGUCCCCUUUUAUACCGGAAGGCAUUCAGCAGCUACAGUUUUCAGAGGUCUUUACAAUGACUAUAUUAAAAGAAAAUAG